CAGCCCGAGCAGGUGGAGCGGGUUUCGGAGCGGCCGGUGGGGAGAGGCGCCUCCGACAGGGCGAGGCCAAGGGGGGCUGCAGCCCCGCCCCGGGUGCCCGGCGCAGUUUCAUCAUGACAACAGAGAAGAGUCUAGUGGCUGAGGCCGAGAAUCCUAAGCAGCAGCAGCAAAAAGAGGAGGAGGAGGUAGCUGCUGAAACACAGAAGCAAGAGGCUUCUUUGGGCGAGGCUUCCCAACAGGCAUCUGAGGGGCAUCAUCAAACAGGACAGAAACAGAAGGCAUCCAACGGUGAUACCCCCACACACGAAGACCAGAGCAAGAACAAAGAGCGCUGCACUUCUGAGAGUCGGGGGCUGUCACGCCUCUUUUCAUCAUUUCUCAAAAGGCCCAAGUCUCAAGUUUCUGAAGAGGGAAAAGAAGUGGAGAGUCCACAAGAGAAAGGUGAAGGAGGUCAGACAGAAUCAGAUCUAGGAACCAAUCCCGAUGAAGAAAUCCUACUGAAGGCGCCAAUAGCAGCUCCUGAACCUGAACUCAGGACUGACCCAUCUUUAGAUCUUCAUUCACUAAGCAGCGCAGAAACACAGCCUGCUCAGGAGGACAGGAGAGAAGAUCAAGACCCAGAGAGCACAGACCUUGAGAUUAAGGAAGGAGACGGAGUGCAGGAAGAGUGUUCCAAGGCAGAGUUGAAAAGAGAGAACCCUGAGACAAAGGCAGACCAAGAAUUAAAAGCCACCCAGAAAUCAGUAAGAAGACACAGAAAUAUGUACUGCAAGGUUUCCUUGCUGGAUGACACCGUUUACGAGUGUGCUUUGGAUAAACAUGCCAAGGGUCAGGAUCUGCUUAGAAAAGUAUGUGAGCACCUCAAUCUUCUGGAAGAAGACUACUUUGGACUGGCCGUAUGGGACUCUCCAACUUCCAAGACAUGGUUGGAUUCUGCCAAAGAAAUAAAAAAGCAGGUUCAUGGAGGCCCCUGGAACUUUACAUUCAAUGUGAAGUUUUAUCCACCAGAUCCAGCACAGCUGACAGAGGAUAUAACGAGGUAUUAUUUGUGUCUUCAGCUUAGACAUGACAUCGUUACAGGGCGUCUGCCUUGUUCCUUUGCGACACUGGCCCUGCUGAGUUCUUACACAGUCCAGUCUGAAUUGGGAGAUUAUGACCCUGAGUUACAUAGUGCAGAUUAUGUCAGUGAGUUUAAACUGGCCCCAAACCAGACAAAGGAACUUGAAGAAAAAGUCAUGGAACUACAUAAAACAUACAGAUCCAUGACUCCAGCCCAAGCAGACCUCGAAUUUCUUGAGAAUGCAAAAAAGCUAUCUAUGUAUGGAGUUGACCUUCACCAAGCCAAGGACUUGGAGGGAGUUGACAUCAUUCUGGGAGUCUGUUCCAGCGGCCUUCUCGUCUAUAAAGAUAAACUGAGAAUCAACCGCUUUCCUUGGCCCAAAGUGCUGAAGAUUUCCUACAAACGCAGCAGCUUCUUCAUUAAGAUCCGGCCAGGGGAGCACGAACAAUAUGAAAAUACCAUUGGAUUCAAACUACCUAGUUAUCGGGCAGCUAAGAAACUGUGGAAAGUCUGUGUUGAACAUCACACUUUUUUCAGGCUAACUUCCCCUGAAGCACUUCCCAAGAGCAGAUUCCUGGCACUGGGCUCUAAAUUCCGUUAUAGUGGACGGACGCAGGCCCAGACAAGACAAGCUAGUGCCUUGAUUGACAGACCUGCUCCACAGUUUGAACGAACAGCAAGUAAACGGGCAUCUAGAAGCCUUGAUGGAGCUAAACAUGCGUCUCAAAAAAUUGAGGUCAGACCUAUAUUGGAGGAGAAGCAGGAGGAUGUGGUGAUGGUUGAGAUUCCAGAAUCAAAACCUGUGGAACAGUUCGGAGAGAAGCCAGCCAAACAUACUUUUGAAAAUAUUGAGAUGAAACCAAUAGCAGAAGAAGAGGAAGAGGAGAAAGUGGAGGUGUUUAAGGUUACUGUUCCAGAAUCAAAAUUAAUGGAACCGUUCCAAAAACAGCCAGUUAUACAUGUCCUUGAAAAUAUUGAGAUAAGCCCAAUAGACGAAGAUGAGGAGGAAGAGAAAGUGAUGACGAUGAAAGAUCUAGAACUAGAGCCCAAAUUUCUGGAACCAGUCCAAAAGGAGCCAGCAGUAGCGGUGGUUACACCUGACCGAAGCCCACGGCCCACCUCUGCACCAACCGUUGCUCAGAGACAUGUUGAACCUACCCCACCAGCUGCAUCAGAUACCAAGGAAAUAGUAGUAGUCUCUAAAGUGGAGAAGGAAGCUGUGGAAACUGAGGGAAAGCAUGAAGAAAUGCUACCCGAGAAGGUGAAGAUGGAACCAUCUGAAGUGGCCAAGGUGGGGAAAAUGCACAGCGAGGUCACAUUGCCUACCACAAAUGGUGACCAGCCCCAGCAGCCUGCAGAAAAAGAGGAAGAUCCGAUAAGAAUGAGGAAGAAAAGAUCAAAGAAACUAGAUGGUGAAAACAUUUAUAUCAGGCAUAGCAAUUUAAUGUUGGAGGAACUAGAUAAAACUCAAGAAGAAAUAAAGAAACAUCAUGCUAACAUCAGUGAGCUGAAGAAGAACUUUAUGGAGUCCGUCCCCGAGUCCCGGCCUAGUGAAUGGGAUAAGCGCCUGUCUACUCACUCCCCCUUCAGAACAUUUAACGUCAAUGGGCAGGUCCCCACCGGAGUGGAAGGAAGUCUGUGUGACUUUCCCCCCAAAACGGAUGUGGAUGCAGUGACAGAGAGGAAAAGUACUGCCCCUGACUUUGAAUUGGUGGGCCCAAAGCAUUCAGUAGCCUGUAGUGAGAACCAAAUGUCAACUCCACCAGAGUCUUUACAAAGUCAUGACUUUGGCACUUCCUCCCUAAGCAGUGAGGAUGAGGAUAGAGCUCUUGUAUUUCUUGAGAGCAAGGAUGACCUAACAUAUGAAAAGGGUUAUGCAGGUGUGGAAAAGCAGGCAGAUUACUCAGAUGAGCAGUCUGAGGUGGAGACCCCUACAAUCUCUGUUUCACCUCCACUGCACCCCUGUCAGAGAGAGGAGGAGGCAGAGAAUGUUGAAGAAAAUUAUUUUACAAGAGCUCCACUUAGAAAUCUAAACGGAGAGUGUCACAACUCGAAUAUUGAUAAUGGGCUUCCCACACUCAUUCGCUGUUUUCAGCCACCCCUAGUGAAGACUCAGACAGUUACCAUCUCUGACGUGUCCAAUGCUGUGAAAAGUGAAAUUCCAACAAAAGAAGUUCCCAUUGUUCACACAGAGACCAAGACCAUCACCUACGAAGCUGCACAGACAGAUGAUGGCAGUGGGGACUCAGACCCUGGAGUCCUGCUCACUGCUCAGACCAUCACGUCAGAGACCACCAGUAGCACAACCACCACACAGAUUACAAAGACUGUAAAAGGUGGAAUUUCAGAGACAAGAAUUGAAAAAAGAAUUGUCAUCACAGGAGAUGCAGACAUUGACCACGAUCAGGUUCUAGUGCAGGCCAUCAAAGAAGCAAAAGAGCAGCACCCGGACAUGUCUGUGACCAAGGUCGUCGUCCACCAGGAGACCGAGAUUGCUGAAGAAUAGCACGGCCAGGAGAUGUUUCUCCCAGACUGAGAGAACUCCAGAAAGGGAGGAGAGAGCGGUAGAGGAAAAACUGCAGAGAAACUACCUGGAGCACAAAGACCACAGAUUUACAAGAUUUGCUGUCAAUAACUGAACAUUCAUAUCACUUACUAGGAGUUACGCUUUGACAUUUACUUGGAAUUUUCCAGAAUAUAGUGGAUCCUUUUGAAUAAUUUUAUAUUGUAAAACACAGUAUGCCAUACUUCUCACUGUACUGAAUGUUUUUUUAAUAGGUUUUCAGUUUUGCAUUCCCUCAUGCAUAGCCUCCAUAGGCCCUCACAAAAGGGUUGGUUCUUAAGUCUUAUUCCUUCAGAUAUACUGGGGUUAAGCCAUGCUCAUGCAUAUCUUAGAAACUGCACCUUAGAAUAACAGCUGUUUGAAAACCCUAGUGAUUGAUGGGGCCUUACUUAGAUGUCAGCGUGCGGCAUUUCUACUUGCCUCUUGCGAUUGGCCCUAGAUAUUUCCAGAAAACUCCAAGUCACGCUACCCAGGUGCGCAAAACAGAGUUUCUAUACCUUUACUCUGCAUUUCCUUGCUUUUAUGGGUUUUGGUCCUUGAUGUUGUUUGAACAUAGUGGGGUGGGGGGGUUGUGGUGUAAUAUUCACACAUUUCAGUAGUUGGCUAGAUUAAGGAAUACUGGAAGUUGUUUCACAACUCUCUUAUACUGUGAAUUCUAGAGCUUUAAGAGAACUGUGACAGGGCACUCCCCCUUCCUGCUCCUCAGAGACUGCUUUUCUACUGAAUGCUACCUACCUAUUUUUGCUUUCUAGAUGCCAUUUAAAUAAGUCUAUAGAAGUGUGUGGUUAAGGGGUUUGGGCUCUGAGUGCUAUAUGGUAGGCUAUGCAGCAUUCGCAAUAGUUGAUUUCUCAGUGUCAGACUUUUAUUUGUUUAAUUUUUCAAUAAGUUUGUAAAUCAUGUUUUUUCCAGUACUAUUUAAAGCUACCCACAAAUCAGGGCUGUGUGUGUGUGUGUGUGUGUGUAAUCUUAACUUAAUUUAAAAUCAUCUCUUAGACACUCACCUUCCUAGAUAUGUAAACUCAAUUUGGGCUGGCAGUCCAAGACAUUCUCGCGGCUGUAGAUUAUAGCAGCCAGUGGGAACAAACUCAAACUGUUUGGAAAGUGCACAUGCUCAGAUCACUGGCACUCUCCUCUCCACAUAAAUUAAGGUUCUGUAGUACAUUGGCUCCUUCACUGCCAUGCUGCAAUGAAACACCAGGGCCAGAGCUGGCUGCAGUUUUCAGCUCUGGAUGAUGGUGCAUUCAGGUCUUUAAUGACAGCUACCCAGCUGCUGUUUUUAAAACAUCCCAUGUACUUUACCAAAAAAGCACUGAAAAUAUUUUUUCUAGAUACUCCUGUGUCAUAUCCACUGUAGCAGCUUAUGGCAUACUUAAUAGAAGUUGGGUUUUUUUUAAUUGUAAUAAUUUUUUAAAGUAUUUUUAGGGAGAAUGUGUGAAUGGAAUUUUCUACCUGGAAAUGAUCCAUAAAUUUGUAAGGUGACCACUGUGGUGUUAAUCAUGACUUUCAAAAUGAGUGUAAUGCUUUUGUGGGGGUAGGAUAUACCUCCUUUCAUGGCAGCAGCAGCAGAUCACCACCACCUGUUUGGAUUUAAUGGAAACCUCUUAAUCAUGCCCUGGUUUUUCUUUCCAGCAAUAUUUUAAAGUUUUCUAAUGAAUAGAGUUGUGAGCAAUAUUUUUUUAAAGAUAGGGCUUUGAAGUUGUAACUCUGUAUCUGGUGUGGCACACCUCUAGCCGUGAGGGAGAACCCUUUGCUGCUAAGCUACAUUCCAGGAUGAGAAGAAACUGGCAGUAAGUGCUUUAAAGUUUGACGGUGUUGUUUAAAAAAAAAAAAAAAAAAAGGUAGAAGACUGAGCUAGACUCAAUGACUUACUGUUUGUUUGAAAAUGGUCUUUAAAUGGCACUGUCUUUACAAUUACAAUUUCACCUCACCUUAAAGCAGGGCUGGCUCCAGGGUUUUUGCCACCCCAAGCGGCCAAAAAAAAAGGAAAAAAGAAAAGAAGUCGCAAUUGGUGGCUGCUUCACUGCACUACCUUCUUCUUCGGUGGCAGGUCCUUCUUUCCGAGAGAGACUGAGGGACCAGCUGCCGAAGAGCCCGACGUGCUGCCCAAGCACCUACUUGCUGAGCUGGUGCCUGGAGCCGGCCCUGCCUUAAAGUAAGUUGUUGUAUUGGCAGGAGACACCGUCUUUAAAAGGCUUAUGGAGCUGCUUGAAUAGUGGUGUACUUAUCGGCAUCUUGCUUCCUAUGAAGCAGCUGUUUUGCGGGAAUGCUACUUUAUUUCCUGUAGGCAGACAUUUAAAUGUGCAAUUAGCUAGUGAACUGCAAUUUAGACCCCCUUUCAGUCCCUCGGCUGCACCUUUUGGCCUACAAACCUGGUUUUCUGCUCUGGGUGGAACCAUGUGGUCUUUAGACUGGAGCUCCAGGCCCUCUGUUUACCAACCACACAUCUGACAGGCCCAACCGGAUUGGUCACCUAUGAGGCAGUUUCCUCUCAGAAUAAGCUUGCAGUGACACAGUUUUGUCAAAACAAAGCAUUUCACUCAUUCAUCCACCCAGAAGGCACAUAGCGCAGAGGGUUAGUCAGAGGCUUAUCUGCAUGAGUCAACCUCUCUAACCAGAGUUUAGGUAGGCCCACUUUAUUCCAGCCCCUGCUCCUGAAUCUGAAGGUUAGUUUGCAUCUCCACAGCCCUUUUCAGUUUGCUGCCAAACCUUCCUCCUCCUCCCUGGGACAAAUCCUACAACUGGCCACUAUCUUACUAAGGCUGAGGAGAGGGAUAAAAACAUCUCUGUAGCUUUGCUGGCACCUGCUGGGUACAACUCAUAAUCUGGCAGUUAUGGUUGAGCAUUUGCUGGGAUGCUCCUUCUCUAGGUCAUUGUUUUGCCUUUCCUGUUUGGUUGCUGUAAUGUGCUAUUGCAAGCAGUAUUGCAGACUAGCCAUAAAAUGUUUCCCAGUUCUUCACAGCUGGUUUCAUGGGACUUUUAGACCUACCAAAUGUUUAAUCUGCCCCUAGCACUUAACAUUUGAGGGUUGUGGGGGUUUAGAUAUGCCACUUUAACUCAUGAAGGAAAUACUAAGGACCUUGACACAGCUGUAAUUUAAUUCACACCCAACCUUGUUCAAUAAAGCCGUGGCAGCACAAAGUUUGAGUUUAUUUAAAAAAAAAAAAAACCCUCCUCCAAAGGAACAGAGAUCUUGACUUGUCUAAGAUCCAGAGGAGUUUCUUGUUGGUGAGAAGUUUUUCCCUGCACAAGCAUUUCCUACAUGUUACAGGCUUCUGCCUUUGCAAGAAAUCCGCUCUUAAAAAGAGACAAGACCUAGAAUAGUGUAACUUUUAGAUAGCUGUGCUGCUCAGGUUCCCUUGAUAGCAUUAAGGGUGCUUGUUUCUUCUGUUCACCCUCUGAUAUUAUAGGUCAGUGCUCUCUUCGUGGGACAAAACACAGUGCAAACCAAACUGGCUUCUGAAGACAGGCAAAACUUUUUUCCCUUGGGCACUGUUGACCUUUCAGGAGCUUGUUGCCUAAUCUGAGUAGCUGCCACACCCACGCAACCCCAGCACACUUCUGAGGGACAAGUGUUUACAAACAAGGUUCUCCUAGUCCAGAUCUUGGAGAGGAGUAGGGGUUGCCACUGGAACUGCUCCUACUGAAGCAGUUGAGCUUUUUAUAGAGGGACGGGGAAAAAAUAGUAGCAGUAGGUAGAGUGAAUCUUAUUAAAACCUAACUAAAUUAACUUCUGCCUGUGCCCCAUCCCACUUCACCUUUUCCUCCUACAAUGAGUUGAUCAGAUUGAGUUUUAAAAUUUGGUCCACCCUGAACUGUGAAUUUCAUGUCAAUGUAACAUGAACACGGUCUGUAUGUAUAAGAUAUGAAUGUUCUUAGCUAAUCCCAGUCCAGGAGGUAAGCCAGAGACUGGCUUGAUUGUAUAGUAUACACUUUAUGGAAGCUAUUUAUAUAUGAAUGAAUGUAUAGAAAGGAAGGCAGGAGAAGCAAGACCUCUGAUUAAUUAAACUGGAAAGGCAGACUGCAAUCUCCAAGCAAUACAGCUGUAUUAAAGGACUGACUGACUGAGUUCUGAUUUCAUACAAUGUACAAUUACCUUAAGAGAUGUUAAUGUCCCAACCAUGGGUUUUUUACAAGUUUAAUCAAAAUUUAGUUACAAAUAUGAAGGAGCUUUGUACAUUUUUUAAGACAAUUGUGAAUUGUCUAGAAUAGCUGUUUACAUCUUUUCUUUACAACAAAUAGGAAAUAUCACAACAGACUUAAAACUGGCAGAUCGUUAUAGAUUGACUAGUAAAUGACAGGAGCUGUUAUUUUGGACUUUUGUAGUCAUUCAAAGGGAAAGUUGCUGUAGUAUUUAGACAGACCUACGUGUUCAAUAUUGUUUCUUGUAUUGCAUUUUUUCAAUAAAUUUUCAAACUAC